AAAUAGCACCCACAGCGCAGAGCAGAGGGCGGGAGAGCUGGGAGGAAGGAGGAGCAGAUCCCCAACCAUGAGUUCGAGCCAGCCCGGGACCUGCUCGUGUCGGGGUGCUGCAGGCCGCCCGGCCAUUCUGUACGCACUUCUGAGCCCUAGCCUCAGGGCCAGGCCCUCUGUGCCCCCAGCCCGUAGUCAUUGCCUGUGCAGGCAGCACCGGCCUGUCCGGCUGUGUGCUCCCCAUCGCACCUGCCGGGAAGCCUUGGAUGUUCUGGCCAGAACAGUGGUCUUCCUCAGGAACCUGCCGUCCUUCUGCCAGCUGCCCCCCCAGGAUCAGCAGCGGCUGCUGCGGGGCUGCUGGGGCCCCCUCUUCCUGCUGGGGUUGGCCCAAGACACUGUGACUUUCGAGGUGGCCGAGGCACCAGUUCCCAGCAUACUCAAGAAGAUCUUGCUGGAGGAGCCCAGCAGCAGCUCGGGCAGCGGCCAGCUGCCAGAUCGACCCCAGCCCUCGCUGGCUGCGGUACAGUGGCUUCAGUGCUGUCUGGAGUCCUUCUGGAGCCUGCAGCUGGGACCCAAGGAAUAUGCCUACCUGAAAGAGACCAUCCUCUUCAAUCCUGGUGUGCCGGGCCUCCACGCCUCCUCCCACGUUGGACACCUGCAGCAAAAGGCUCAUCAUGCUCUGUGCAAGGCCCUGGAGACCUGGUGCCCAGCAGGCCAGGGCCGCUUGGCCCGUGUCCUCCUCACAGCCUCCACCCUCAAGUCCAUUCCGCCCAGCCUGCUUGGGGACCUCUUCUUUCGCCCUAUUGUUGGAGACACUGACAUCGCUGGCCUCCUCGAGGACAUGCUUUUGCUGAGCCAACCUGUUCCAGCCCAGGCAGAGAUCAAGUGCUCCCUCUCACCUCAACGAGCGUCAGAUCACAGCCAGUGAGGAAUACGAAGCAGUCCAUUCCUAAACUAAAACAGACAAGGUCACUGGAAUUCCUGCAGUUUGGGGUCGCUCACUUCCACCACCCCUGCUGAUGACAGAAGAGGAUAGUCCGCUGCUCUCCCAAUGGGAGGGGCAAGGGCAUCUAGGGUUGACCUGGUGCAGCUGCUUGGAGGCCAAGGCUGGCUGAGGUUUAGCUGCCACACCAGAUGUUCAAGUCGGAGACACUUCCAUGGCAGUUAGUUCACAGAUACUGCCCUGAGCUCCCCCCUACCCCCGAGUUCCCUUCCGUGGCCCCCCUGUCCCAGCCCUUCUCCUGGAAUCCAUUCUCGUUGGCCACAACUAGAGGGGCAAUGCUUGGCAUAGCCAU